ACCCUUCCCAGCAGGGGAGGCGGGAAAAACAGCGAAAGCCUCGCCCACCGCCCUCCCCCAGCCUCGCCACUCCCAGGUUCCUCCGGACUCAUCCUCCUGGGAUUGCCUCGGAGGGGACACGCCGCGCAGACGCCAUGGAAGUGGUGCUGCUCUUCCUGUGUGGCCUCCUGGCCCCAGCGGUCCUGGCCAGUGCCACUGAGCAGGAGAAAGAAAAGGACCCUUUUCAUUAUGACUACCAGACCCUGAGAAUUGGGGGAUUGGUGUUUGCUGUGGUCCUCUUCUCGGUGGGGAUCCUGCUUAUCCUCAGUCGCCGAUGCAAGUGCAGUUUCAAUCAGAAGCCGCGGGCUCCUGGGGAUGAGGAGGCUCAGGUGGAGAACCUCGUCACUGCAAAUGCCACGGAGCCCCAGAAAGCAGAGAACUGAAGUGCAGCCCCCAGGCGCAAAGAACCUGAAGGCAGCUGCUUGAACCUUUAGAUGCAAAUGCUGAUGCUUAAGAAAACCGGCCACUUCAGCAACAGGUCUUUCCCCAGGAGAAGCCAAGAGCUUAUGUGUCCCCAGCCCCUCGACACCUGUCCUCAGCUUAAUAAUGCAACCCCGCCUCCCCCACCUGGAGCCUGUGGUCUUGUCCACCUCCUGUGAUGUGUGUGUCUGUGUGUGUGUGUCGGAUGACCGUGAUCUUUGUGGUUGCUUGUUCGUGGAUGAUGUUGUGUUUUAGUGAACCCGAACCCACCUUCCUGGGCCGGAGCUGAGCCAUGUGGCUGGCAGCGCCUCUCUCUCUCCGUGGCCCAUCACCUCCCACUCUUGGGAGUCUGCUUUUUCUCUGAGAGACCAGUCCCUUCUCUUGAUUUCAGGGUGGCUAUAGGGGUCUGGUGGGAAUCUCCAGUUGGCUUGGGGCUUGGGAAGGUUUACAUCACCUUCAUGACCCUUGUGCAUGGCUGCUUUUCACUCCUUUUGUAAGAACCUUGCUUCCAUACUUGUCCCUGGACCAAAUCUGUGCUGAGGUCUCUUGGCAGUGGGAGGUUCCAGCAAGGAGCUGAUGAGCCCACCUUGCCCUCGGGUGGCUGAACCCUUUCCCUGGUGCCCAUAUGCCCCGCCUUACCCUGCCCCCGGGGAAAUGUGCCCCUUGCAUAUCUUCUCAGCAAUAACCCCCCGGGCUCUGGAACCAUUCGCCCUUCUCCAGCCUUCCCUGCUCCAGAGACUCCCAUCUAUAGCCAGCUCGCCUGGACCUAGACUCUCAUCCCUGAACUGGGGCUCUGGCAGGUCAUGGCUGAGUGGAUGCAUUUGGCUGGGGCCCGUGCUCUGGGGAGGGGCAGCAUGGAGAAAGAGCAGGGGUCUUCUGCUUGGCUGUCUGCGCCCUGCUGGCCAGGCAGCAGCGCCGGCCCCCGCCCCCUCUGCUAGCCUGGCCCCAGGUUAGGGAGCAGGCAGGGCUCCAGGCAGCCCCACUGCAGGGGGAGCAGCAGGAGGUCCCAGGUGGUGAAGAGAGUGGAAAGUCAGAGCCCGCCCCUCCCGCCCCUCGUGUUCUCGUGGAAACUGACCAACCGUGCCGCUGUGACCAGGACUGCUGUUCUCUGUGUCGUGAUCUCUCCUCUCAACAAGGACAAAAAGGAAUAAAAUACCACUUGUUUCCUA